AAAUUAAUAUAAAAAUGGCAGAAAGAGGUCAUGCUUUAAAAUAGGAUAUAAGUAAAUUAGCUUGGGAAGAGACUGAUUUUCCAAUUGUAUGUAAUAAUUGUUUAGGUGAAAAUCCUUACAUAAGAAUGGUAUAUUAAAUAUUUUAAAUAAAAUUUUAAGUUAAAAGAUAGAUUUGGAAGGGAAUGUAGAAUAUGUGCAAGACCAUUUACAACAUUCAAAUGGAAACCUGGAAAUAAUUCUAGAUAAAAAUAGACUGAAGUUUGUUAAACAUGUGGGAAAAUUAAAAAUAUUUGUUAAGCUUGUUUUAAAGAUUUAGAAUUUAACAUGGGAUUAUGCACUAGAGAUAAAUUUCUUGGAGAUUAAAAAAUAGAAAUUCCUGAACAUACAGCUAAUAGGGAUUAUUGGGCUGAAUAAGCAAAUCGACAAAUUGAAAGAUUAAUUUUACCAUAUGAUAAACCUUUACCCUUACUUGAUUAAAUAAUAAAAGAGCCAAGAUUAGCAGAUGUGAAUAAUUAAUUAAAUGAUGGAAAAUCCGAACCAGCUAAUUAAGUAUAUGGAGAGCCUUUAGAAAAUCCUCAAGACAUUGAUUUAUUAUACAAGGAAAAAUUUGAGGCAAAAGGUUUAUUACCACCUGAUGAUCCUAAAAUAUGUAGUUUAUAUAUUUCUCAUAUGACAAAUGAUAUCAAAGAAUCAGAUUUAAAGUAAAUUAAUUAUAUUUUAUAAAUAGACAUUUAUUUUAAAAAUUUGGAAAACUUAAUUCAAUUAAAAUUAUGGAACAUGGUCAAAGUUGUUUCAUUAAUUUUGCAAAAAGAAAAGAUGCAGAAACUGCUGUGAAUGCAUUAUAUAAUAAUAUUAUAAUUAAGGAUGUUAUAUGCAAAAUUUAAUGGGCUAGAGCUCCAAAUAAAAAGGUUCCAAUUUAAGGUAUUUACAAUAAUAUAUUACAUAGAUAUAAUUUAAUCAUUAUAGCCAGAAGAAAAUAAUAAAGCUCAUCCUCCUUAAGCUCCACCAUAAAAUAUUAAUAAAUAAUAAUAAUCUGAAGAUAAGUAAUUAUAAUUAUUAUUUUAGUUUGUUGAUUGGAUUAAUUAAUACAUAAAUGACAUAUCCUAAUCAAAAUCCAUAUUAAAAAGGUGGUGUAAAUAAUAAAGAAAUAUGAC